UGUUGUAGUUGUAGGGUAAAAGUCGGCUUUUGCUGCCAUGAUCUCGUUGAUUGGCCUUUGCUGUGCCGGCUGUGCUGUGCUUGCUGUCCUAGUAUGGCGAAGGCUGAAAAGAGGUUCACCACAGAAGAAAUGUGGGAUAAUGUUCACUGGAACAGGGACUUCAUCUGGUGCACCCAUGAUCAGGUGCGUGAUUGGUGGCGAGGGAGGAGUUCCCGGAUGUAAGUCUUGUAGCGUGGCAAUCCGGAAUGGCCGACGCGAUCCCAACUGGCGAAAUAACGUGGGAUUGCUCAUCAGAUGGUUACAUGCUGAUGGGCGCUGGAGACACAUUCAGAUCGACUGUGGAAAGACCUUCCGCGAGUCUGUGAUGACGUGGUACAAGGACCACGAGAUCCAUUAUUUGGAUGCAGUUCUUUUGACUCAUGACCAUGCAGACGCAAUUUUUGGUCUGGAUGAAUUGCGACAACUGCAGCGCUAUGAUCCCGUGCGAAGACAAGUGCAAGGGCCUCCGAUGCAAUGUUACUGUGAUGUGAGGACCAUGCGCCACUGCCGACGCGCCUUUCCAUACUUGUUCGGGCAUUUUGGCCAGAAAGAAGGGCUGAUCGCUCUCUCUCGUGCUUGGUGCAAUUGCACCGAUGACUGUGAUGUCGAAUGCCAAGAUCGCCAAGCCAACUUCCUGCCAGAGAAGCAGUCUCGUUUCGUCGCCGCGAUCGACUGGAAGGAGAUUCCAGAAGACACGUCGCCUUUUGAGGUGGACAAUUUGAAGCUUCAUGCCCUGCCGGUGCUGCAUGGUGCAGACUACGUGAGCUUUGGUUAUGGCUUUGGACCUCCGGGCUCGAGAGUCGUGUACAUCUCUGACUACUCCCAGAUCCUUCCAAGGACGGAGAAGCUGCUGGAGCAAUGGAGCAAGGAAGGGAUUGCAGUGAUGAUCCUGGAUAUGUUACAUCCAGAUUCCAAGAAGAGCAAUGUGCACGCGAACCUGGACGAAAGCGUGAGCUUAAUCAAGCGCUUCCGCCCACAGAAGGAGCGGAGUGACCUCGAUCCGGCUGACGUUCGACUCGGUUCAUCCGAAGGCCUUCCUAGUUGGCAUGGGCCACUACCGAGAGCACCAUGAUAUGAAUCGGCAGCUACGGGAUCUUUGGUUCACCGAUGGCCUUGACAUCCAACUGGCUCAUGACGGGCUUUUUGUGCCUCUCCAAAUAUAGGGACGACGAGGAUGGAAGAUGGAAGGCUCCGAAGACCACACCGUUCGGUCUCAGCGUAGACGAAGACAACACCGAAGACGUGCAGAUCACGUGAGAGACCAGACGAUCCCGGACCGGUUUGCCUGGACCCGACGAUCCCAUUGGCUUAGUCGGCCCUCAAAUGCAAGAUGGAGGUAUUGCACACCAAGUGAAGGUGCACUAUUGCACACCAGACGUGCGUGGUCGCCUCUAGCGUGAAGAAAAAGGCGCAUAUUUUGCUUAGUUCAGUUAG